GCUACAUCCUCCAAUACCCGAACACCGGAGGAUUUUGUUGUCUGGCCAGCGCCGCUGCAUGCUCGGCUUUCCGGCGGUGACACAUGGUUCUGCUUCGGCACAUAUCCAUCGCUUUAACUGCAGCGGUGGCUGCGUUGGGAUCAGCUCUUUUCAUCGCCUUGAAUUAUUUCUACAGAAGGCGAGUAUGGUCACCCGAGAUGGACUAUUACAUGAUCAAGGAGGAGGAGGAGGACCGCAGCGAAAGGCAGGUGCUCGUUCUGGGCCUGGACGGAGCCGGGAAGAGCAGCAUGUUGCAGGGCCUGACAGGAACGAAAACCAAGAGGGGCUGCCGUCCGACCAGGGGCUUCAACUUCAUGAGUCUCAGCACUCCGGCCUGCCAGCUGGACUUCCUGGAGAUUGGAGGCGGUGAAGAUCUCCGCAUGUACUGGACGGAGUACCUGCGGAAAACCCACAUCCUGGUGUAUGUGGUAGACUCCUCCGACAGAAGGCGCCUCCCGAUGGCCAAGGACGAGCUGCACCGGCUCCUCAGAGCAGACUGCCAACUUCCCGUGGUGGUCCUCGGAAACAAGCAGGACAAGCCAAAUGCAGUGAGCGUUUCAGAGCUCCAUGAAGCCCUCUCCUUGGGAGCAGUGGGUGAUGAGAGGAAGCUGUUCCUGCUGGCUGCCCAGCUGGGCUCAGAUGAGCUGAAUGCACCCUGCAGCCUGCAAGCUUUCAAGGACCUGCUGUUGCAGUUGGUCUGAACAUCAGGGCCAUGCAGUUUAAGGGGGUCUGGGGUAGGGGGCACUCUGGGUGAACCUUUGGCUUUGAAUGACCCUUCAGCUAGAACUUCAGGUCCAAAUGUUGACAGACGGAAAUGAUAGGAAAGCUUCACUGAGUUCAUUCUGCAUCACCGUGUCAUAGAGUAACAAAAACACAUUGCUGUAACAUUAUAGCUAUUCUCUUGCUAGAAUGUCACUGCAAUGGCAAGUGAAUGUUGCGCAUUAUUUGGAGAGUUAACUCGCAUUAAUGCAUUGAGGCCAGUAUUGUUGUAGCAGAUUUUCUAUAAAAACAACUUAAGGUAACCAUGAGAACAUUUUAAGUUAUUGUUUUAAGUUUUAAUUGUAGGUAAUGUGGUGUUGACGCCCGUGAAAGUUUUUAAAGAAUGUAGUUUGUAGACGAGAAAAUAAUUCUUUUCCACAAAAGUUAAAACUAAGAUAUAUUCUCAGAGACAAUUUUAAUAAGGGUACUAUGUUUUGCAGGGUAUCCAAAUAAGUAUUCAGAAAGAAUGGAUUUAGCAAUUUUUUUUGGAAAAGUAAUACUGCAACAGAACUUAACUACCAACACCAUUUAAAACACUUAAGCUUUGUAUGCAUACUGUUCACCUAACCACAGUCCAGUCAUGUAGAGGCAAAUGUUUUGUUUGCAGCUGUGAAGUCAGACAAUGAGAAAACGUGUACAAAAAAAACAAUUGAUUUCAGUGUUUCACACUUAUCUGAAGUCUGCUGCUAUAGAUUUUCUAUAAUUGCCAACUUCAACAUAACUCUCCUUAUUUUUGUAACUGAACAGGUGACACUUCUGUUCAUUGCAACUGAAUUGUCCUUACCUGUGUUGCUUAAAAUGAAAUCCGCAAAUUAAUUUUAGUUUUACUAAGACAUACAAUGCUCUGAAAGAUGUGCCAAAAGGUUAAUGUGUUAUGUCUUUUUGUCAGACCACACAAAUGCAAGGAAUCAGUCUGAAUGUAGAAGUUCAUAUUUCCUAUACAAAUUAAAUAAGAUUGAGUAAGAUGAGAAUUUUAUAACAACUGUGUAAACUGACUUUAUGCUGUUCAUAAAUACCUAGUUAUAACUGAUGCAUUAAAUCGUAAAUAGAAAAAGACAGACACCGAUAAUUAUAGUAUCUAUGUGAAUGCGUUGUCAAAUGUAGAUAUUAUCACUUCUUAAACUUCAGCACAGUUGCAUUAAACUUUCUGAGUUCUGGGUGUUUCAGUAUUUACCCAUUCAAUUACAUUACUUUAAAUGUUUAAAAUAUUUAUUGUAUUAAAGUAAGAACUUCAUA